CUAAAAGACGCGAAAGAAACAUUAUCGUUGUGUUUCAUUACUCCUUAUUAGAAGAUACUUAAAAACUAACUGACAUGGAAGCAAGCGUGGACGUCAAGAGAAAGCCUAAUUUAUCUAAACUAACCUCCAAGUAUGCAGAUAAACCAUGGAGUGAAACCUUUCAGCUGGUCCACAGAUGCAUGGAGAAAGCUAAAGCAGAUGGUGAGAUUUGUGAGCCGAUCAUGAGGUGCUUGCAGAAACUUCAGGAAGUCCAGAAUGUGACUUCUGUUAGUGCCAUGGUGACCAGACUGGAGAUGAUUGCCAAGCAGAAAGGACUGGGUUCUCAUCUGAGUCCCACAGAAACUGCAUGUUACCUGACAGCAGAUUUAUUCUAUGUGGAGGUGUUACUGCAUUCUGGAGGAGAGGUUAAAGAUGUAAAGGUUGCCCAGCAUGGUGAAGCUCCUGAGUCAAAUACAUCACUUCUUCAGCUGUUAAGGAUGAAGAAAUUCGAAGAAUUUUCUUUAAAGCUGGAUGACCUUGCUUCUCUCUACAACAUACCAGGAGACAAUGAUACUAAGAUAAAGGUGUAUACAGCUCUUCAGCAUCUACAGAAAGACCUGCUCAAAAUCUCCAAUUUACCAAGAAGUUUAAAAGAGAAUGAUGUACAUGUUGACAUGGUUCUGAAUGGACGAAUUGGGAGUGUUACACCCUGCAGAGAAGGAAACCCAAUGGUCUUACAGUACUACAUCAGCCGAUCAGAUGCUCUAAUAAACAUCUUGCAUCCAGGUGAAGGCAGCCUGGCCAUGUCUGCUAAGGUAGUGGUGAGUGCUAGUGCCACUACACACAGGUUGCAGAUGGAGUCUCUGAUCCCCUCUCCACCUCAGGUGGACUCUUUGGGGUUUCCUGUUUUCAGCCCACUGUCUGAGAAAAGUACAGAGUACCUGCCAGCCUUCUUUCUUCUGAAGCUUCAGCCACCAGUGCCUAUGCUCAGCUCCUUCAUCCACAGAAUGAGCCAAAUCACAGGAAUUUGUCCUGAUGCUGACCUGCAGAGGGAGCCUCUUAUCCAGCUGCUCCAGAGGACCAUUCUGGAGGACCAGCACAAGAAGUCCUCGUCUGAAGGAAAAGAAUCACAUUUUCUCAAGUCUUUACCAGAUGGAGAACUUCACAGCUAUUUCUUUGCACUUCUUGAAUGGAAUUGUGAUUCAUGGAAAGGAGCUCUAAUUCAUACAGUUCCGUUCACCCAUCCUGCCCAUGUGCCUGCCUUGCUAGCUGUCCUUCGGCAUCAGUCAGCCAUCAAUGUACUGUUAGCAAGCUGCAUCACUAACUUUAAACGUCAUCCAGGGCUAGUAUGUGAACUCAGCUGUGAAAUUUUACCCGAGUCUGACUGCAGCUUUUCUGUGACCGUUGGCCUUCCAGGCAGUGACUCUCUGGCAGUUUUGUUUGUUUCAGUGACAGCCUUUAAUCAGGUUUGCUGCAAGCUCUUAAUGGCUGGUUUAGUGGACCCCUCCUUAGAUAACUACAUCUCCAGAGUCCUCACACGGUGCAUGUCCAUCCCCAUCACCAUGAGAGCAAUUCGGAAGAGGAUAUCCAGCCUCAGGAUUCCAGCACAGCCUCUCUCUGAGCCUGAUUCCACUCCUGUUGCUGAGGGUUUACCCUCCACACUGCCACACCGCGCUGAAGAAAAUAGUCCGGCCAUACUCUCUUCAGCCCCUAACUCACCAGAACCCAUGGAGCAGGAAGAGCUCCCCUCGAACCCCAGCCACUAUGUCAUGUCUGUAGCUGCUACAGCGGCGGUUGAUUGUACUAAUACAGAGGUGAUUGCUAACCGUUCCCCUUGUGCCUCUGUGGGUGUCUAUUCACACUGGGUGGCCAGCAGCAUUCCGGCAGAGCUUAUUUAGAGAAAAGGACAAAGAUAAGAGCUGUCUAGUAAAACGGUCUAGUAAAAUGAAUAAAGAUAAUAUUUUAAAAGCAAGAAAUUGUGAUGCAA